GCUUCCACGGCCGCGGCCGUUACACGACCGCGACGACCGCAGCACCGCACUGCCAGAUGCCGUGAGGCUCUGCCUGGCGCUGAAGCUUGCCGGUAUGACGAUCCGGAAUAUCUUGUGCGCAGCUCAGCGUUCCCGCGGGUAGUCGAUAUAUACUGGUGUUAUCCGUUGUUGAAUGUCCUGCAUCUCUCCAUUGGUCUUCGGCGAUUCACAUCUGCCCAACACAUACUCGAGCAUUUUGCUUAUCAGUUCCUCUUCUGUCAAUUGCCUGUCAUUUGUCACUCGCAUAUUCACGACUGGGUGUUAGUGAUCGACACUAACAACAUGUCAACAACAGCCUCCACCCAAACGUUGAAAAUGCCUGCCUCCCGCGCCCUCGAGAACGCAAAGCAAAGCUCUGAGACCAUCCUCAAGGACGCAUCUGAGACAAUGUCGAAAGCAGCAGAGAACCCGAAGAAGGCAACAGCUGACUUCCUCCACACACCAUUUAUGCGCGCAGCGCUACCCUUCAUAAAUGGUGGACUGGCAGGCAUGACUGCAACAAGCGUCAUCCAGCCCGUUGAUAUGGUGAAAGUCCGUCUUCAACUCGCCGGAGAGGGCGUCAAGACUGGACCCAAGCCCACUCCCAUCGGAGUCCUCAAAGACAUCGUUGCUGCCGGAAAGGUCAUGGACUUGUAUACCGGCCUCAGCGCCGGCCUGCUCAGACAAGCAGUCUACACUACUGCACGUCUCGGCUUCUUCGACACGUUCAUGAAGAACCUUUCCGCCCGUGCGAAGGAGAAUGGCACAACCAUCGGCUUUAAGGAGCGCGCUGGCGCCGGUCUCGCAGCUGGUGGACUCGCCGCUGUUGUUGGCAACCCGGCAGAUCUGGCGCUUAUUCGCAUGCAAUCCGAUGGCAUGAAGCCCUUGGCACAGCGCGCAAACUACACAUCUGUCAUUGACGCCCUGACGCGCAUCAGCAAGAACGAGGGCGUGUUGCGCCUCUGGGCGGGAUGCUAUCCCACUGUCGUCCGUGCUAUGGCGCUCAACUUCGGUCAGCUCGCUUUCUUCAGUGAAGCAAAGUCGCAACUCAAGAACACAAGCCUCUCCUCUCGUUCGCAGACAUUGACAGCGUCCGCCGUCGCCGGGUUCUUCGCCUCAUUCCUGUCGUUGCCAUUCGACUUCAUGAAGACAAGGCUGCAGAAACAGACACGCGCUCCUGACGGUAGCCUCCCAUACAAGGGCAUGUUUGACUGCUUCAAGAAGGUUGCGAAGGAGGAGGGCCUGCUGAGAUUCUACCGCGGGUUCGGCACAUACUACAUCCGCAUCGCGCCGCAUGCAAUGGUUACACUAAUCGUUGCCGACUACCUCGGCUUCAUUACUAAGUAAAUGAAGCUUCGAACCUUGUGCAAAGAAGUAAACAACAGCGAUGAGUCGAGAAGAAACGAGGAAGAGAAGGGAGCCAUAGAAGCAAUCCACGGGAGAGCUGCUCAUACCCAUACCUGGCCCACCUGCACCGUCGAGUGCAGAAGGAUCUACGAAGGCGUUCGGUGUUGUCUGAGAACUGUAGCUUAGUUCAGGAGUUCUGCGCAGAAAGCGCGUGUGUACGGAGACGUAAUGCCAUGAAAUGAUGAUCACGUUCUACUGGUAGCUGACUUUGUUGAUCCUG